AUGCCUGUCAUUUCCCGCCUCGUGUCCAUCCCCCUCCGCAUCGGGGAGCUCGCCUUCGCCGGAGUGGUUGCUGGUAUCAUCGGCCACUUCCUGGAUCAUCACUCAUGGUCUGACAACUGGCCCAAAGCUCGCCUGAUCUACACACUGGUCAUCGCUGCCCUCUCCAUGCUCUUCGGCUUGUUCUGGCUGAUCCCAUUCUCUGGCGGCUUCUUUACUUGGGGAGUCGACAUCUUCCUCAGUCUAGCAUGGUUUGCGGCAUUCGCACUGAUGUAUCUGUUCACGAGGGACACCUGUAACUCGAGAGCCUUCGACUGGAAUGGGAUCACAAGCGGAGGUACAUGCAAUCGCUGGCGCGCGGUUCAGGCGUUUGCUUUCCUCUCAGCUGUCUUCUGGCUGGUGAGCGCCGUUGUUGGGAUCUGGUUUACGCACCGCGAACGGAAGGGCAGACUCGAUCACUACGAGACCAAGCCCCGUCGUCGCGGUCUCUUUGGGCGAUCCCGUGUGUAA